CUCAAGCCUAUUACAUUCAUAUUAUAUAUAGUCAAUUCUUAUGGGAGCCUAUAACUGUUUAAACGACAACUAAGACGUGUGGGGGUUCCAUAACAUCCCCAGAUCUGUGAAGACGACGUCACAUAUUUUUUAAACGAAGACUGAACACCAAUACCAAGAAAUCUGCAGAAGGGAAGAUAAUUAUGAAGAAGUUAAUCACGCCUAUUCAAUUUCUGGUCACUGUAUGCUUUAUACUAGACACAACUACUGAUUUAUUUUUUGUCGAUAGUAAAUACACGUACGUCACAUAUGGUUUGUAUAAUAAUGCAACAUGCAGUAGGCCACCGUUGAGUGUUUUCGAAAGAUAUGGAUUUUUAGACAAAAACAUUCCACAAGAUCUCUCUGAAUAUCAAACCGCCAUCUUGCCGGAGUCCUCCAUCGUCAUGUACCUGGACGAACCCGGAAAGUGGAAAAGAUUAGCUCAAGGAUAUUAUAGCAUAAUUUAUUUAGGAGAAAUAAAAGCCACGAAGACAAAGGUUAUAAUUAAAGAAUACACAAAGAAACCGGAUUUUCAUGACAUCGAGGAUGAGGCGAGAAUUAUGAUGUACAUGUCCGACUAUUUUCCCAACUUUUUAGGUUACGUAUCUCACGGGACACACAUGGGUAAUAUGUCAUUGGUUAUUGAGUACAUUCAAAAUGGAGAAACGUUGCUGGAGGUCACACGUCAUGAUGACGUGACGAAACAGCAAUUAUUGUCAAUAUGGCACCAAUUAGCCUUAGCCAUACAGGCAAUGCAUACACGGUUCGUACUCCAUAAUGACCUUCACCUUACUAACAUCAUGGUACAAUGGAAAGGCGACCAGCCCAUAGUUCGCAUGAUAGAUACUGGAUUAUCCACAUUUAGGAAAGGAAUGAUUGGUCGCAUAGAUACCGGUUAUCAAUUUUAUCCACCGGAAUAUGGAAAAUGGAAAGAAACCAACCCCAGUAUGGAUAUUUAUGGUCUGGGUUAUAUAUUUGACGAAAUGAACCAGGUGUUAAAAAAUGAAGAUGGGGACCUCCAGUUGGUGAUCGAUUGGUGUCUAUCACCUUUACCUAAAAAUCGGCCUUCGAUCCAUCAGUUAGUAGAAAGAAUUGGAAACAUUUCGCAAAACUUGCAACAUUUACAAAAAAAGAAAAUUGGCUUAAAUGGCGGCAUAAAACCAGGACGAGUUUACAACAUUUUCAAAGAUAUUAAAGUGCCAUUAUUAGUGUCAAGGGAGAUAACUCCUAUACCCUCAUUACAUGAGAGAAAACUGUGGGUGAAUUUGGAUGAAGAUAAAGGUAUAUACCGCGGACUAUACAAAAACAUCCCUGUGACGAUCCAUGUCUUCUUUUCAAACGAUUCUUAUUUUGAUUUACAUACAGAAUGCGUGAGCAACACUUUUGCCUCAAUCCACGGUUUCGCACCAAAAGUUUAUGGCAUUCAUGUAGAGAAAAAGGUCGAUGAAGACGUUAUUAGGGGUUUUGUACAAGAACAUGUGUCGGGCUACAUACAUUUGAACGUGGCUUUGGACACUUUUGGACAUUCAAAUUGGAAUUUUAGUUAUCGCGUUGAAAUAGCUCAUCGGGUCGUCGCCAUGGUUCAAUUAUUUCACAAGAAGAAAAUAUACAUCGACAAUAUUCACAUUAAAAAUAUUUUAUAUAGACGUGGUGACGGUAGUCAGGGUCCAAAGAUAAUGUUCGCCGACUUGAGUAAAACUUACGACGCGUCAGACGACACGUAUGACGACUUCAGCAACGAUACUUUACGACCCCCGGAACCAGAGGAACAUGUAGCCUCGUGGGAAUCCGACAUUUUAGCUUUAGGGGCUGUUUUAAAAGACGUAUUUGAAAAUACGAGUAGUGUUCCGCCAUUAUUAAAUAGAACUAUAUUUAGAAUGAUGAAUAAAAAUCCCGAAUUACGACCUUCAAAUAAGUCUGUAAUGGAAUGUUUGGAUACUUUUAAAAACGUUCAUUAAAGAUACAUUAUGGGAGAUUAGAUAAAGAGCUGGCAGUUCUCACUAUAAUACUUUAAAACUAGAUACUAUAAAGGGAAUUUGAUGAAAAUUUCAGUCAGAUUGAUCCACUAUGAACAGAGAUUUUAGCGAUUGAAUUUUCGGCGUAGCAUGGAUCAUCAUUACUAAAGUCGGUAGGAUAAAACAAAUAGUCUCGAUUAUCCAUUUCAUGAUUACAUUAUGAAUGGAAAUCGAAUAGCAAAUCUGAACCUAAUCCAAUAAAUAUCGCAGGCUAGCGAUGCCAUCGAGAGUUGAUUAUGAUCUUGAUAAGUUAAUUAAUGUCUAAUAAAGAUACAUUAUGGGAGAUUUUAAUAGAGAAUUGGCCAUUCUUGCUAUAACAGUUCAAAAAUAGAUGAUGAAAGAAGCAUAUAUUAAAAAUUUCAGUCAAAUUACUUUAUUCUGAACAAAGUUAUCACCAUUGUAAUUUUUGACUAGAAAUGGGAGUCAAUUCUCUCUUCACCGAUUGUUUGAUUGACAGGCCCUAACUCCACCUACAUAAUCUCGAUUAUCAAGUAACGUUUUCAAUGGCUGUGGUUUGAGACGGGGUUGCAGUUCAAUUCGUAUCACAUUUAUUUUUACUACAAAUUAAAAAUAAGACUUUUAAUAUAUAGAUAAGAAGCGAAAGUUUGAAAGGAAUGGACCAAAUCAAUGAGGCAUAUUGUUAGCCUGCGUGUACUCUUGUACUGUAACUGGUAGGCCUGCGUAACUCCCGAACAGUGAUCCAAUGGAGCUGCAAUUCAACUGGGGUGAUGUUAGCUGCAAUGUUUAUCAAUUUCUGUAAUUUUUCUGUAAACGCAAGUGACAAAAGAGCGUAGCCUAUAAUACCGACAUCCAAACUCUCAUUUUAAUCACAACUAAACAUAAUAUCAAGGCCGUAUAUAUGUAUAUCGAACUUUCAAUCAAAUUGACUGACAUGCUACCUCGCUCAACAGCGGUCUCGCUUCGUACAAUCUAUCAUUUAGCCUCGAUCUAAAAUUAUUUCCGGGAGUAUGACGUCAACGUCACGGUUAACCUCCGCUUACGACGCCAUUUAAAAAUUUAAUCAAUCAACGAAAUCCUGUUUAAAUCCAAGCCGAAUCCAAGCCAUCCGUGGGUCUACAGAGUUGAUUUUGUGCUUGUUGUGUAAAUAAAGAUCUAAUUUAUAAUUUUUAUGACAUCAGAAGCCUAAACAAAGACUUGCAAUAAUCUGAUUUAGCUCUUGCAUAAUGUAUGUUUAAUAAUUUAGAUAACAUUUCAGGUCUAAAGAAAGACCUGCAACAGGCAGAUUUAGCUCUUGCAUAAUGUAUGUUUUAUUAAUGUUAUUGUGCGCAUUUUAUAUAUUAUCAACCUUGGCGUUUUCCCAGGAUAGUCCAGUG